AUGAUUGACUCGUGUCCAAUUAGCACAUUAAAUGAGUUUCACUCAAGUGAAGAACAAAUAAUCGAAAAAUUUACGCACAAUCAGAAUGGUGUGAAGCAAGAUGAUAUGCUGAGAAAAGGUGUACAAAAAAGGAAUGGUGCCCUGAAUAAACACUCCUUCUCACGACCAACUGAAGAGGUAAUAAAAAAUAGUAUGGCAGUCCGUACACGCGCUGAAGGUGAAGAUUUUUCCAAAAAGGAUCAUCAUGUCAAAAGUAACUGCGAUUAUUUCGGUGCUGACCCCCACACAACGGACUAUUCCAUUGAAAGCCUUCUACACAAAAUCAGGAACUUAGAAAAUGAAAAAUCUUACCUAUUGAAGUUUUUGGAAAAUAAAAAAAACGUCGAGUUAGAGUAUAAGAAAGCGCUUGAGACACAGGCAGCAUUUGUAAACUCAGAGAAUAAAAAAUCACAGUUCUAUGAAAAUGAAUGGUUACACAUGAAAUCACUAGAAUAUUCAUUCAUAAAUUCCGGAAAGGAACCCUUAAGACAUGCAUUAGAAUUGUUCUAUGGAGAUUCUAAUUUGUAUGAGAAGUUAGGAAACCUUACGAGUACUCAGGAAAUAUUUAUUGCGAAUUUGGUAGAGGAUCAUAAGAAUUUAAUACAAGAAAGGAACACCAUUUCGAGAAAGUAUCAGGAGGCAGUGGACGCCAAUUUCCAACUGUAUCAACAAAACGAAAUGCUCAAAGCACAAAACAUAAACCUUAUGGAAAAAAACAAAGACACAAUAAAUGAACAAUUGGAAAAUAAAUUAAAUGCCUUGAACGAUACUCUCAUUUGUGUCCAGAAGGAGAACAUUCGGUUGCAAGAAACUGUAGAACAGUACGUAAGACUGAUGAAGAAUAUAAACAAAUGUGCCGAAGUGAAUUCCAUUAAGGAUGAAGUAGACAAGUUUAAAAACUACUUACUAAUUUGA